CCCAUACUCCCACCACAGGGAGUGGGGACAAACGACACAGGUAACAGCCCGUCGCGGCCAGCACAGGGAGUGGGACAAACCUCGCUGGCGGGAAGGGCAGUCAGCUGAGGGCAGGAGCGACAGCAGGAACUUCCAUUCAGCCUUUUUAUCUGUGCCCGCGAGCGCCCGUGCCGAGGCGUGGCAGCCAUGGAGCAGGACCCAAGGAGCCCCCUGGAGAAGAGGCUCCUCCACAAGAAGAUAUAUAAGAACGCCAGAGGGAAAACGCCGCCGUGGAAGGACGUGUAUCGCAAGCGAUGUAUGGAGCGGCUGAGAUCAAGCCGUUCACAGCUGGUAGACAAGUUUCGGGCUGCGGGUGAUGCUAUCAACAACAAUAAUAAUCCUGCAGGAAAGAUGGUGCAAGAUAUCAUGGAAAUUGAGUGGGCUGCUAUCAGUCAAGGCAGUGCAUUUCCUUCUUUAAAGAAACUACCUGUUGGAUUUGAUGAAAUGCCAGAGGAAGACGAUGUAAUUCUUCUUUCUCUUAUGGAAGAGAUCCAGCAAGAACUUCUCAGUGAGGAAGAGAGACUUUUAAUUGAAGUACUAAAUUAUGAUGCUGCAAUGUUAGCAAGUCAAGUGGCGGCUCAGCAGAAUGAAGAAGUUAUCUGCCCAGUUUGUCAGGUACAAGGUUUACAAGAGGUGGCAAGGAGACAUGGUGCAGGGAUGGAAACAUCUGGUGCUGAAGCUGCUGCAAAUGUGCUUGCCUGUGGUUGUGGAUUAGCUCUGCAAGGAGCCAAUCUAACACUUAAUACUGUGAAAUCUAGUUUAGAGAACACAAUAUCUCAUCAUGGCCAGAGCUGUGCAGGACAGAUGUCCUUCACCCCAACCACAGACACUCAAGGUGCCAAUGUAUUAAUCACAUGCAGUAUCUGUGAUUGGAUGUCCUUCCUGGUGUAAUUCCAAAGCUCGUCUUGCACAUAUUUUGAAUUAAACUCAUUGUAUACAUUCGUCAAUCAAGAUAAUGCUGUGAAAUAUGAGAGGUUCCAUUUCUUCUCCCAUGUGGUGUGUGUGAGACUUUCAAUAGCACUAACUUUUUUUUUAAUAGAAUCAACUUUAAAUGUCUUGUUUGGCACAUAUUUUUCUUAAGAUUUUUGGUGAUCACCGGUGUGUGUGCAUUAGGACCAUCUACAUGAUAUUAUUUCAUGAUAUAUAUAAACCUUAAACCUUUUAAUAUAUAAUUUUAGUAUUGUAUAGUCAUCAUCAUCUGAGUAAUAUAUGCUGAGGCCUUACAAAAUAACGGUGAUGGUUUGCAUCACAUGAUUCUGUUGCAUCUUUAAAAGUAUCAUCAGGAGAUACAUCUUUUUUCAAGUAUUUCCAUAUAAUGUAAGUCAAAUUGCUGUGUAGUGUCUUUAGUGAUAUCAUAUACAUUUCAUCUAUGUGAAAAGUAUAACAAAAAGAUUCAAGGGAAUAUAUGAGAGGUCUGUCACUAAAAGGUUAGUAAGUGUAGGUAACGAGAAAAGAGAAAACACUAACAUUUGAGUAAAAGACAUUUUGAAUAAUGUUGUCUUAGCCUGAAAUCCCUAAAUUAAUUCUUUAAUAAAUAUAAUUACAGCAUGAUGUAAAAAAGUUUAUUUUUUAAUACAUGUUUGUGUGAAGAACAUACCAAAGGCAUAAUUUUAAUAUAUAAUCAGAUUUAGUUUUUAAAUGUUAUCUUACAUUAUUUAUCUAUUUUUUAUUAUUGUUAUUUUGUUUACAACAUUAUUUUUAAUUACAGGUAUAAAUGAUUUCAAUGAGCAUUCCCUGUGUAAAAAUAGCCAAAACUUUUCAUGUAGGAUAAGGGUGGAAAAUUGUUCAUUGGAAUGGAAUUUGUGUUAAUUGGUAGGGGAUUAUGAUGAGUGUUCUUUGGAUGUUUACGAACAUGUUGUAUAAAGACGUAAGUUACAAAGGCCAUUAUCUGUGAAAUACAAAUUUGUGCUUCACCUAAUCAUAAUUUUGAUAGGUGUAAUGUGGUGUGUUAUGUAGAAAGGGCUUACCUUUGGGAUUAAUUGUAAUAUUUUUUUGCAUAUUCUUGUUGUUAAAGAAAUGCAUCAUGGAAGUUUGGACUAGAACCUUUUUUGAGAACCAUUGAUAAAGUAAAUAACUUAUGGAUUCAAUAUUAUGAGGUAAUGAAAAACUUGUAUUGUGAUUUGUCUGCUAAGUCAUGGGCUUUGGGUGAAGUGGAGUCCGCUGCUGGAUUAUUCAACAGUUCAUUGAUAUAUUGCUAGUUAUAUAGUGCCAUAUGCUAUUUUGGUAAUGCAAAGACAUUAAAGUUAUAUCUUUUGUGAUUUUUGCUUGUAUUCUGUGAUAUGGAGGGAGUACUGUAUUUCAAAUUUGUAAGGUUUUUGACACGUGAUGUAGGUAGAAUUAUGACUAUUAUAUGUGAUCCAGUACUUUAGAUAGUUGCAGUUCGUAUCUUUUUUUGACAAUUGCUGUAAUUUCUGUCUAAGAUUUCUUCCAGAUGUCUUUAUACUUUGUUGCAUCAAAGAAAAUGCCAUUGAUAAUUGACAUUCACCUAAUAGAAAUAAGUCUGAUGUGAUUUCUGAGAUGUUUUCUGAAGGCCUAUAGUAAUGUGUGAAAUGCAUUUUUUCUAUGAAAAAAAAAAACAGGAUUAAUAAACUCCUCUCAUACAGAAAAAAACCUCUAUUCAUUCAAAAUCAAAUGUCACACAAGAUAAUGUGUAAAUGGAAAUAAGCAUACCAAACCAAAACCAAAAUGGAGAAAAGACAUUGUGUGAGUCCUCUUUUAAACAUUUGAAUGCCUGUAUCAUAAAGAAUGCAUGAUAUGAGCAUAUACAAAAAUAAUGUAAAAUGUAUGGAGCAUUGUAGUGGUAAGUUAUUGAGAAUGGGUUUCUAUUUUGCAGACAUCUUAAUAUUCAUGUGAUUAGGUUUACACUAAACCAUUAUAAAAGGUUGUAUAGUAAAUAGUAUUUUUUCUGGUAAAUAAUUCAUGCUAAACAAGUAAAGUACUCUUUUUUGUAUGCUGGAUAAAAGUAUUUUAAAUUUGAAGAUAAUACGUCUGUUCUUAUACUGUUAUUAAUGCUACUGGUAUGCCCCUUGCUUGAUAUAAAACUUGUUGAAUGUGCACAAAACUUCUUCCAGAGAAUGUUUAUGAUUUUAGGGAGCAUAUAAUGUUAGACAGAGGAAAAAGUCUUUAUAUAUUUUUUUGGCCUUUUUGUCCCGUUUCAUUUUUAUGUAAGAAAGCAAAGUAUUUAUAACAUGUAUUGCUAAUGAAAUUGUUAUGAAGUUUUAGUAAUGUAAAUAAACAGUUAUUCCUU